AUGAAGUUCACCCUGGGCCUGGGGUCGCGGGCGUGGAGAGUGUCCUGGGAGGCGGCGGCGGCAGCUGCAGCAGCAGGUCCGGGGGCGGACGGCAGCGCGCUCAGCGGCGGCGCACAGCGCGUUUCCAGCCCGCGGCCUGGCCGCCGGGGCGCUCGGCUCGCGCGCGUCCUCCCUCUAUGCCUCUCCAGCUGCGGCGACUCCCAAGCUCUCCUGGACUGCGCCGGGCCCAGCCCCGGCCGCCCCGUCGCCAGGCAGCUGGUUGGCCCGUGCGCCAUGGAGCAGACGUAUGGCGAGGUGAACCAGCUGGGCGGCGUGUUCGUUAACGGCCGCCCCCUGCCCAACGCCAUCCGCUUGCGCAUCGUGGAGCUGGCGCAGCUUGGUAUCCGACCCUGUGACAUCAGCCGGCAACUUCGCGUAUCCCACGGCUGCGUGAGCAAGAUCCUGGCGCGCUACAACGAGACAGGCUCUAUCCUGCCCGGGGCCAUCGGGGGCAGCAAACCCCGCGUCACCACCCCCAACGUGGUCAAGCACAUUCGGAAUUACAAGCAGGGCGACCCUGGCAUCUUUGCCUGGGAGAUCCGCGACCGACUGCUGGCCGAUGGCGUCUGCGACAAGUACAACGUGCCCUCUGUGAGCUCCAUCAGCCGCAUCCUGCGCAAUAAGAUUGGCAGCCUGGCGCAGCCCGGGCCCUACGAGGUGAGCAAGCAGCCACCGCCACAGCCUGCGCUGCCCUACAACCACAUCUACCAGUACCCUUACCCAAGCCCUGUGUCGCCUACGGGCACCAAGAUGGCCAGCCACCACGGGGUCCCGGGCACAGCAGGCCAUGUCAGCAUUCCCCGUUCAUGGCCCUCGGCGCACUCGGUCAGCAACAUCCUGGGCAUCCGGACGUUUAUGGAGCAAACAGGGGCUCUGGCCGGGAGCGAAGGCGCCACCUACUCCCCCAAGAUGGAAGACUGGGCCAGCGUGAACCGCACAGCCUUCCCAGCCACCCCAGCAGUGAAUGGCCUGGAAAAACCGACCUUGGAGGCGGACAUUAAAUACACUCAGUCGGCCUCCGGCCUCGCCGCAGUGGGCAGCUUCCUCCCGGCCUGCGCCUACCCGGCCUCCAACCAGCACGGUGUGUACAGCACGCCAGCCGGCAGCUACCUAGCGCCUGGCCCACCGUGGCCGCCAGCGCAGACCCCCACGCUGGCGCCCCCCGGUGCUAGCGUCUCUGUGCACAGUGGAGAGCUUGCUGCAGCGAUGACCUUCAAGCAUCCCAGCCGAGAAGUGGCCGACCGGAAGCCUCCCAGCCCCGUCGGCAAGGCCCCAGACGGUCUCAGUAGCUUACAUGGACUGCCUAUCCCGGCAUCGACCUCCUAG